AUGAUGGACCACAAAUCUUCGGCAUCCUUUGCCUUCCGUUGCGGAAUUUGUCUCCGCAACAACCACACCGAUGAGUCCUGCUACUACAAGGACGUCACCGACCCCUCAAAAAUCCGGAAGCUGCCGGUAUGUCCGGUCUGCAGGAAGGUCGGGCAUGUGGCCCGUGACUGCUGGCAGCAGAAGGAGAACUGCUCGCGGCGUCCCGGCGGCUUCGUGCCGCAGCAGCCGCGUAAGUCGGGAGCAUUCGUGCUCUCGCAGCGGCCCGGGACGUCACGAGUAGCCGUGGUGACGUCCUUGGUGGUAGAGGAGGAGGAGAAGGGGGAGAGCUUGUUGCUCCUGAACUUGGAGGAGGAGCCGAGGACUCUUUCGUCCUCAAUGUCCAAGAGCAGGCCGACUCUGCCGUUGAGUCUGGCCGAGAAAACGCUCUUGGACUUGAGUGACGAGGAGUUCGAGGCCUCCAAAUCCAGUUCAGUGGAUCGAAAACUGUCCCCCCAAGCAGGGACUAAGCGAGGCGGCGGUGGACCGCCUCACGAACCCGCGACGUUGUUGGUCGACGUCCGCGGCUCGUUCGAGGCUGGACCACAGCCGCCUCGAGCUUCCUCGUCUUCGGGCGAGGAGCUCUUUGGCCUGGUCCUCUCGGGGGGCAGUUCCCCGGACAGGGAGACGCGGAAACGUGUCUCCUUUGCGCCUGUUGUGUCGGGGAAGGAAAACCCCGUUAGCAAACCAGUCUGCUUGGGCGACGGUAAACCCCUUGAGAGGGAGACAACCCUCUAUAAUAAACCCGUCGCGCCGGAUAGUGACGUUAAAGCGCUAUCCGGUGGGGAGAAGGAAAACUCCUCAAAACAAAAAACCAACGGAGAUGUUGGGGGCCGUGUGGGGGCCGAAGCCCACAUUGACUUUACCGACGCCUGGACGGCGUCGAUUGACUACCAGCACCACAUCUCCUCAGACUGGGUAGACUUUGAGCGGCUCGUAGAGCUGCGACCUCCCGUUUCCGUGCAGAUGAGAAACGGGGAAACACUAGUGGCCACCCACGGGGGUGCCUGUUGUGCGAGCUUUCGGGUGGGGAUGAACCAACGGGGGUUCAUCCUCACCGACGCCUUAUACCUCCCGAAGUUCGACGGCAAAGUGAUGGCGCUUUGGCGCCUUGCCGCUUCUGGGCACCAGCUGGAAAUAACAGAGGAUAGUGUUAAUAUCCUCAAACACGGCGAGCUUGGCGCGCAGGCUUUGAGGAUUGGCGAUAGGUUCGUUUUUACGUCAGAGGAGGAGAUGGAAGAGCAGAGGGAGUGGGAGGAGUUCUUGGGGGAGGAGGGGGUGACAGGGUUCAAGAAGAUUGUGAGGAAAACGAAGGAGGAGAGGGAGAGAGGGAGGGAGAAGCGGGAGAGGAGGAGGGAGAAGAUGAGGAAGAUAAGGGAGCAGCAGGAGGCGGAGGAGGCGGAGGCGGCGGAGGAAGCAAAAUUUGAGGAGAAAGGAGUAGCUGAGGAGGAGGGGGUAGUUGAAGACUGGUGGUAG